AGUAUAAGAACGAACGCAUAUCGGCGAUAACGUGUUCUAAACUGUGCAGCGCAACAUGUCUCAGCCAGCAGGAUAUGUUGGGCCUCAGAGUUUCGGCGAGGAUGGCCAGGUUCAUGGAUUUGACUUCACCGAACAGACCAUACGAAGAGGAUUUAUACGAAAGGUGUACUCAAUUCUAAUGUGUCAACUGUUGAUCAGUACGGGCUUCAUUGCUCUAUUUCUAUUCCACGAACCAACGAAGCGAUGGGUGGCACAGAAUAAUUAUUUAUUCUGGGUAGCGUUUGUGAUUAUGUUCGUGUGCCUGAUUGCGAUGUCCUGCUGUCCGGACGUACGGCGGAAAGCGCCCACAAAUUUUAUAUUUCUGCUCAUUUUUACGUUGGCGAUGAGCUUCCUGCUUGGAAUAAGCACAAGCGUCUAUGAUGUCUCAGAGGUGAUGAUGGCGGUUGGCAUAACUGCGGGAGUCUGUCUUGCGCUGACUCUGUUCGCCUUCCAGACUAAAUGGGACUUCACUAUGCUGGGUGGAGCGCUGGUCGCUGCCAGCAUGGUGCUGCUCUUGUUUGGUAUCAUUACUAUAUUCAUCCCGAGGAAUAACAUAGUGAACCUGGUUUACGCAUCAGCUGGUGCCCUAUUGUUCUCUCUUUACCUGGUCUACGAUACACAGCUGAUGAUGGGUGGCAAGCACAAGUAUAGCAUUUCUCCAGAAGAAUAUAUUUUCGCUGCUCUAAACCUCUAUUUAGAUAUCAUCAACAUAUUCAUCUUUAUUCUGUCAAUUAUUGGCAGCUCGAAAAAUUGAAUUGUCACUUUGUAAAGUAAUGGUUGUAUCUUUUGUAACUUUAAGAAUAGAAUGUAUCACAUCAUAUAAUGGGAACAAAAGCGGGUCUAAAUAAAUAAUUUUCGUUCUAAGAAUUAAAAAAUAUACUUAUAAACUUUUCAACAUCUUGUCAUUUUAAAUAGAGCCAUGGUAGCUCCGAGGCUAAACGCCUCCUGUAAAUUUAACAGUACGCGAGCAAUUCAUGUUACAUUUCCGUCGGCUAUUAUUAACUAGCUGUGCCCCACGAUUUCACCCGCGUUUAUCACGCGUCUGAGCCGCGCGACAUGAUAAGUUUUCAUUACCUCAUAAACUAUGCGUCCAAAUAACAUACUAUAAAUAGUUAAACUUUAUCUUCAUAAAAUUGUCUUGAUUAUGAAGUAACUUUUGUUCGUAAGGAUUAAUAUGCCAUGCCUAAUAAUAACGCUCAUAUAUAACCAUUUAAUUUUCAAUAAUUUUGGCGUAAAAUACCUUAUUGUGCCUUUGUUCUUACAAGAAAUAGGCAUCUUAUGGAAUCGCGGACUUUUUUUAGAUGGAGAAAAGAUCAAUAUAUUUGAAGAACAUUAUGUUUACGUUACGUAUCCACCAUUACGCCAGCGCAUGCGGAUAAAGUAAUUCAGGAGCGCUUCUUCUUCCGUAAGGGUAGCUGAGAGGUGAAGCCUGUGCGCAUCUGCUGGGUGUAUAAAGGCAGGAACUGUAACUUUACAAUUUUUAUUUUUUAUUUUCGUGUAUAGUGUAUUUUUCUAUUAAAGACCACGGUUAACGAUAGAGAUUACAUUUAUACUUCAUACCGUUGCUGUUAUAGCCUAUCGUAAGACAAAUGAACAUAGGCUUCGCCCAUACAUUGCCUUAUAGACAUUAUAGAAGAGAUAUUCACCAUAUUAUGCCACGCUUGGGAGGCGGGAUGGAAACAGCAGUUUUUUUUGUUUGUGUCUCCCUCUGUCGCCUUUUACGACACUCCCGGGAUGAUAUGGUUUAUUGGAUUCUUACACCGCCACUACACGGUUUUUGUUCAUACCCGUAUAUACAACGUUUGAAAAUAAAGACAAUUACUAUUUAAAAGUGGUGUGACAUUCCUUUUAUAAUCAUCAUUUCGUAUAUAAUAUAAAUCCAUAAAUUAUCUCGUAUAAUGUCAUCAUACGUGGAUUAUUAUAAGUAUGUAUGUUAUAAUUAAUAUUUUAAGGAAUGUGGUUUUAAUUAAAUGCUAUAUUUUACGAUAUAUAUAUUGUAACGUAUAGUUACUGAAUUACCUGUUUAUUGCGUUUAUUCUAAGUACAUCAAAAUAUCUUAGAUACAAGUUUCAAUUCUUCAUAAAUUAUUUUAAAUUGAAAUUAAAUUCAUAAUUUAAUUGUAAGUUAUUCAAGAAAUAAAAUAUAAAAUGUAACUUAGUAAAUGGCGUUAUAAAUGCCAUUGAACUGCAGUCCCUUAUAUUAUCUGUUCUGUCUCAACAAGCGAUUGGAUAGCAAAUAGCAAUUGUUAUUUUAUAUAUAUGGUAUUUUGCCGAGGUUUGAUGUAUUUAUUGUAAAGUCAUAUUUAACAUAAUAUGUACUGGCACUGUUAAAUGUAAGAUGUAAGAUGAUGAUGAUGUAAGAUGAACUAAAUGUGCAUUUAUUAUACCUGUAAUUGUGAUAAAAAAAAUAAAGAAUAGUGAUGAAUUUUAUUUUAUUUUAAAACAUUUGUUUUUCUGACUGAACUUCUAUAAAGCUAUUAAUUUUAAUAAAGCUAAACUUAUUGUAUGUAAUAGGUUCCUGGUAUCUGUCUACUCUGCGACAUUAUGUGUGCUAAAUCAUUGGGCGCCAGUCUCAUUAUUUGACAAAUUAAUAUCUAAGUAUUUAUUAUUAUUAUUUUUUAUUUUUUUAUUUAUCUAGACUAAUUAUGGAAAUUAAUUAUUUUUAUAUAAAAAAAUUAAGGAUUGUUUUAUAAUGUAAAAUAAAAUAUAAUUUAU